AUGGCCUCUACACAAGGAGGCUUUCGGUUCGGGGGCCAUGGCAGCGCGCAGGCAGCGUCGCAGCAGGGCCAGUCGGGAGGGCCGGACGAGUUUCCACCAUUAAAUCGUGGUGGGAAUGGCGAGCUAGGCAGUGACAGGACUUCUUCCGAAGCCAAAGACACCAAGGCAUUCGAUGCUCCUGCGCCCAUAGAUCCAUUGAACGGGAUGUCCGACGCCGAUAAAUGGGGUAUUAAGGGCCUGCGAACUCUGAUGAACAACUAUCCAGACUACCACGCUAUGGUUGUUGGGCUUGACCCGGCGUCUCUUGGUCUGGAUGUCACCUCGCCGGAGCCCAUCUCGACACAGGUAUACUCGCUAUUUGAUGAAGCGCCACCCCGACCGACCGUCAAUGGUGCCAAGCCUCGUUUACCAGACUGCUACAAUGUCACCAAUGUACAGCCUAUUGAGACCAAGAUUCAGGGGUUCAAUGAGGAGACUUUGUUUUGGAUCUUCUACAGCUGUCCUCAAGACAUCAAGCAGCAGAUGGCAGCAGAGCAACUAUGGCAUAAGAAACAUCAAAUCUGGCUCACCAAAGAUGAGCAGAUGACCCCUCAAAUAUUGAGUCCGACGCACGAGCGAGGUUACUACAUUGUCUGGGACACCAACAACUGGCGAAAAGACCGAAAAGAGUUCACGCUCUACUACAACGAUUUGGAUACAUCCCUGACGCAAGCGUCCGGGCCGUAA